AUGAAAAGUUGUCAUAGUAGGAAAAGUAAAAGAAAGCUUGAAGAUAGUUAUAGUUUUGAUUCCCAACAAGUAGGCUGGGGUAAAAAGUAUUCUGCAGAAAAACCAGUAGCAGAUUUUAACUCAUCUACUCAUAAAUCACGUAACAAGAGUUUUGAUUGGUCAAGGAGUGGUGAUGGGUUUUCAGGAUUUUCAUUGGAUGAUUCAGCCACAAACAAGGCGCCAUCAGCUUCCAAAAAACAGAAAAUGUCGUCCUUGCCGUGUGUUUUAAAUAAUUCUUCUGAAGAUGAAGGUCAAGAUAUUGAGGAUGAGUUGAUAUCUUGGCAUUCAAGUGAGAGUGAGGAAGAGGUUGUAGCAGUCUCCCCCAGACUAGCUCAGAUCAAGAAAUCCAGAAGGCCCCAGAAAAGAAGGAAACCUAGUAAUGAGGAGAGAAUAGAAGACACUUCUGGCUCAGAUGAUGAAAUGAGGACAAAAGUUUCGACAUUAGAAAAACAAGAAAGCAGAUUGUCUCCCAUGGUGAUUAGUUGCCCCUCUUCCAGCCAAUCACAGUCACCAUGUACAUCUGGUUUAAAAGGCAGUGAUUGGAUGAAAUUAAUGGACUGGGAAAAGUCACCUGAAAAACAAGACUACCGUGAAGAACAACCAGACCCUGAUUCUGCAAAGAAGAAACACAAAAAAUAUUUAAGGGGUGGUUUUGCUGAAAGUUUAUUCCGUGUUCAAGGUCGAGAGAGGUCAUGUUUACGAAUCUGGAAACAUCAGAAUCAAAGCAACAAUGAACAACAAGCGCCACCCAAAAGUAUUAAAGUAAAAGUCGAAUAUUUUGAAUUAUUAUAUUCUCUACAAAUAACAAGAUGUACAUUAUUGGAGGGAGGUGACCAGAAGAGCCAUGCUGUUCUGUUUACUAAACAGGUUAUGGAUGAGUUAAAGAUAAGAGUUGGAACAGAGUUAGAGAUAUUUGCCCCUUGGCAAGAGUUGAACUGUUUAUCAGCCAAUGAGAGUGUAAUAUUAUGUACCAACUAUGUAAACAUUAGAACUCAGUCUGAUGUCCUGGUACCAUCACCAGUUAAACAGACAAAAACAACUCUGUCACAUUGGUCCUGUCCCUGUUCUAAAGAUCCAACAAUCUGCACCAAGGAAUGUUCUGUUUUAUCAACAUAUAAAGUAGGCGGAGAUAUAUCUCAGAUUCACAGUGAUCAGGUUAUGCCAUCAACAUCAAAUACUAAAAUAACAGAAUCUUACAACAAGACAGUAAAAGAAACCAGUAUUCAUACGAUAACUCCUUCCCAGCAUCCUAUGCUAACUAGUUCUAGUACAGCUACAUUACGACAGUGUCUUGAGAAUCAUACAGACCAACCCUUAUCAUUCCUAGCUCUCAUAUCUCGUGUCUUUCAUCAUUAUGAUGCCAGACUGAAAGUUUAUAGAUGUGGUAUAAUGAUUGAAGACAGUGGCACUAUGGCAGUUAUUCACUUACCCGAAGAUAGAGACCUGGGUAAUCUAGACUCAUCUGUAGGAUGUUUGUCAUGGUUUUCAGGUCUUAAAGUUCAACAGAGAGUCACCAGGGAUAGAGAUAGUAAUCUAUUCAGUGUAAUUGAUAAAGCUUGGACUGGUAUAUCAUGUCAACAAGACAGUCAGGAUACUCAAUCAGAUCUAUUAUUUAAUGAGAGUCAAAUACCACCAUGUUUCUGCUAUAUAUUAAUACCUCAUCUAGAAGAUGUGUUUGAUUUUAACGUCUCUGAAAACAACAAUAACCUGGUGAAACAGAACAAAUCUCAACCAUUGUCAGAUAUAAUUGAGAAUGAUGAGGUGUGUAGAAUAUCUUGUACAGUAAGAUUGUUAUAUUCUACUCCAUUUACAGAGAUAACAAGAGAACUGUAUAUCAGUGAUAAGAGUAUAUCAACCAAUCAGCAACCCUAUAAAUCUAUACGACUCUUCCCUAGCAACCAUAUUUAUCCCUUGGAAACCAACCCACCAGGUCCUGUAAUAAAUUGCACUGAUUUACGUUGCGUUAAAGGUGAACUGAUAGCUGAUGAAUAUAGUAGAAUAUCAAUGGCUAGAGAAGACAAUGAAGAUUUGAAGAAUAUAACUGUAAGACUGCCUGACAUUUCACCUCAGUCGAACUUUAACACACUUGUUGCAGUUCAAGGUACUAUAAAAGAUAUCAAUGAAGAAAAAGCCAGUUCAUGGGAAGAGUGUGAGAACUGUGGUAGUGAUGAACUUCUUGUGUCUGAAGUGGAUGGCAAGACAACAUGUAAGAAAUGUAAGGGAGAAGUCAUAAAUCCUGUAGUGAGAGUAGAAAUGGAAAUUAUUUUAAAAGUUUUUAAGAUGGCUGAUCAUAUUGUUCGAGUUAAUGUAUGA